AUGGGGAAUUCGCAGGGAAAGCCGGUGUGCUCCACCGAUGAAAUCAACCUGAACCAAUUCCGGUUACUUCGCGUGGUCGGGAAAGGUGCUUUCGGAAAGGUCCGUAUCGUUGAGAAAAAGGAUACCGGGUUGACUUUUGCGCUCAAAUACAUCCGAAAAGAAGAAGGCAUUAUUCAUCGAGAUGUGAAGCCGGACAAUGUGCUACUGGACUCUGAGGGACACGUCCACUUGGCUGAUUUCAAUGUGGCCUCGGACUUCCGCCCUGGAAAGCCUCUCACCAGUAAAUCAGGGACCCUAGCAUAUCUUGCGCCCGAGGUAUACGAGGGCGGCGGAUACUAUUGCGAAGUUGACUGGUGGUCACUGGGAGUAACAUUCUACGAGUGUAUCUACAACAAGCGACCAUUCGAAGGUCGUAGCCAGGACGUAUUGAGCGAAAACAUCAAAAAAGCUCAGCCGAAGUACUAUGUCACUAACCCGGCAGUCUCGGUUCCAUGCUUGCGAGCGAUGGGUGCACUCUUGGAGAAGGACCGAAGCAAACGGAUCGGUGCCUCCAGUUGGGAGAGUUUUAUAUCUCACAUUUUCUUCGCUGAAAUUGAUUUUGUAGCGCUUGAGCACAAGGAAAUCCCGCCAGUGUUCAGACCCUCUAGCGAUAAAACCAACUUUGACGCCACAUAUGAUCUGGAGGAAUUGCUUCUUGAGGAGGCACCGCUCGAGGCCAGAGCUCGCCGACAGAAGCCACGAGCAGAAUUAAGAGAAGACGCUACAGCGAAGGAAAUCAGGGAAGAUGAGCUUCACCGUCUGAUUGAAACCAUGUUCGAGCCAUUUGAUUACACGACUGUGACUUUCCAAGGGAAUCCUGAAGACUGCCUUCCCCCAGCUGGCUCAACGCACUCGCGACAAUACUCGCAGACCGAUUCUUCGAGAAACUCGCCUCCCUUGCGCAACAAUGAUGGGUCAGUGAGUCGAUUGACUCAGCCCGAAACUCCGUCCCCCCUUGGCGAGACUGUAGACCAUCAAGACUCUAUCCCGAACCAGGCUCCUACCUCUCCGACCUCCCACCCACAGCCGCCGCCUUCACCAGCUCCACAAUUCCAUCGUCCAUUCCAUCCUCAGCCGAACCCUGCAGCCAAUCAUCUUCCCCCAGCCAACUCCAAUCCUGCGCCGGGUCGUCCGAAGGGUGCAACACGGAAAACAAGCAAAGGUGGUGGUGUGCAGAUGGUGCUCGAGGAAGCAGGCAGUUGGAGUGAAUUGGCUGAUCAAAGCUCGACCCUCCCAGCCGAAGGUUAUGAUGCAGGUUCUAUCAAAGGAAAAUCCUCGAACAGCGGCAUGCUAGCCUUCCUGAGCCGGAAGAAGGGCCGUGACAGGAGUCCAAAGCCACAGGAACCAGGCGUUCUGGGCAAAGAAGGAGCUAGACAAAUCAUUAGCUGA